UGGAUAAAAAAAGAUGAAACUGAUGAAGUACAAACUGAGUUACACUUCAUAGGCCAAGAUUAUCCAUGCAGCUUGAAUGUAAAAGAAGAGUUGGAGGAGGGUGUGAAUAAAGAGUUUCUUGAAGACCCAUUAAAGGCUGGCGACCCUAGUGUUUGUGUAAAGCAAGACCCUGAACUGAAACGCCAUGCUGCUGUAUCUGAGCAUAAUGCUGUUGAAGAUCCAUUGGGAAUAUCUUUGUCCACUGAUUUUAUUAAGGAGGAUCCUGAAUUAAAUAUAACUGAGAAUACUGUGGAAACCUCAAUAAGAUGUGCAUCUGAUAGUGCAAGAUUUCCUCAGACUACUGGUGGGAGGUGCAGCAUAUCAUGUGAAGAACCUUGUCACCAUAGACUGGUCCAGGAUGAAUUGGUGAUAGACAUGGAGAAGUCAACACAUGGGUUCAGUACCAAUACAGAAGAUAUGACUGUUGAUAAGGAAUGCUCAGUUGCCACCCAAUAUGACUGUAGUACAAGGGAAAAGGAAUUACAUGUAUAUAGCUGUAAUUUCUGCCAACAGAGCUUUUCUUCAAAAUACAGACUCAUAAUGCAUGUGUUUAUGCACAUUGGUGGAACGCAACCACCUUCGUAUGUUUGUAAGUGGUGUGGUGAGGUAUUUCUCAGUAAUGUUGGCUUGAAAAAGCAUAUGAGAAUGAGUGAGAGUUGUCGAGUUUCAACUGCAGACAGUCAUGAAAAAUAUGGACAUGGUGAUGAGCAUCAAACCACUACCUCGUUGGAUAGCGAGGCAGAAGUUUCUGUCACAGAACACAAUGACCAGUCUUCAUGUAAGGAAACUUGGAAAGAUUCAAACACGCCUUCUAAUGACAUAUGUAACACACAUAUGACAAAUGAUAGAGAGAAAACAAGUAAUUAUGGAACUUUGCCUAUAGCUGUUAAUGUCAGUGCCCAGGCUGAUCUACUUACGGCAAACAGAACUCACAGAUGUGGCAUUUGUGGCAAAUUGUUUGCUAGGGUUGGUGUUCUCAACAGACAUGUUUCCAUUCAUACUGGGAAAAGACUUCACAAAUGUGAUAUUUGUGACAAAUGGUUUGCCCAGUCACGUUAUCUAAAGGCUCACACAUUAAUUCACACUGUGAAGAAACCUUACAUGUGCAAGAGUUGUGGGAAAUCUUUUACUAUGUUAGGUGAUCUCGAGAAACAUUCAUUAAUUCACACUGGAAAUAAACCUCACAAAUGUGAGAUUUGUGGGAAAUCUUUUGCUGCGUCAAGCUAUCUCAAGAAUCAUGUUUUAAUUCACACUGGAAAGGAACCUCACAAAUGUGAGAUUUGUGGGAAAUCUUUUACUAAGUUAGAUAAUCUCAAGCAACACUCAUUAAUUCACACUGGAAAGAAACCUCACAAAUGUGAGAUUUGUGGGAAAUCUUUUACUAGGUUAGGUGAUCUCAAGCAACACUCAUUAAUGCACACUGGAAAGAAACCUCACAAAUGUGAGAUUUGUGGGAAAUCUUUUACUAGGUUAGGUUAUCUCAAGCGACACUCGUUAAUUCACUCUGGAAAGAAACCUCACAAAUGUGAGAUUUGUGGGAAAUCUUUUGCUGCGUCAGGCUCUCUCAAGCAACACUUAUUAAUUCACACUGGAAAGAAACCUCACAAAUGUGAGAUUUGUGGGAAAUAUUUUACUAUAUUAGGCAAUCUUAAGAAACAUUUAUUACUUCACACUGGAAAGAAACCUCACAAAUGUGAGAUUUGUGGGAAAUCUUUUACUAUGGUAGGUGAUCUCAAGCAACACUCAUUAAUUCACACUGGAAAGAAACCUCACAAAUGUGAGAUUUGUGGGAAAUCUUUUGCUGCGUCAGGCUCUCUCAAGCAACACUUAUUAAUUCACACUGGAAAGAAACCACACAAAUGUGAGAUUUGUGGGAAAUCUUUUGCUGCGUCACGCUCUCUCAAGAAACAUUCAUUAAUUCACACUGGAAGGAAUCCUCACAAAUGUGAGAUUUGUGGGAAAUAUUUUACUAUAUUAGGCAAUCUUAAGAAACAUUUAUUACUUCACACUGGAAAGAAACCUCACAAAUGUGAGAUUUGUGGGAAAUCUUUUACUAUGUUAGGUGAUCUCAAGAAACAUGCAUUAAUUCACACUGGAAAGAAACUUCACAAAUUUGAAAUCUGUGGGGAAUCUUUUGCUACAUCAGGUGAUCUCAAGACACAUGCAUUUCAACACACUGGAAGUGGACCUCAAAAAUGUGGUAUCUGUGACAAAAGUUUCACUUACUUGGAUACUCUCAAGACACAUGCAUUACUUCACGUCAGAAAGAAAUUGUAAGUAUGUGUUAGUUUAUGCAAAUAGGUUUUCAUGGUUGGUGCCCUCAAGGCCUAUAAAAUAAUGUAUGUACCAGGGGACAAUAAAUUGUACUUUCGGCGAAAUAACUUUUAAAUCUGGUAGAAUUGUGAAAAAACUUGUAAUGAUGUGUACUAUAGAGUGCUAACAGAUGUGACAAAAAAUUCAUAUCUGUAGCUUCAAAUGUCAAAUGGUAUUACCAAAUACUCAAGAAACAUGAAUCAAAUGUGUUUUUGUCAUUAGCACUGCUGCUUUUUCCUAUUGAUCUUGCGACAAGAAGAUUGUGAAUUGUGAUAAAUCCUUACAUUUGUCAGUAAUCAUAAGUAUCUUGCAAUAUUCAGUAUAAGGCCAAGGAAAUGUGAUGACUUGCUGCUUGAUAUUCCAAACAAAGUCAUCAUGUAGUACUUGUAACUCUGUAUUUUAGAAACAGUGACAGUAAAAAUAUAUUCAUGGCACUAGCUUCAUUGAGGCUAGUAAACUCAACACUGGAGAAACAUGAUUAUAACAAUUACUUUACUCAGAUACGUUUUCUCAAGAGACAUGGUGUGUCAUUAAUAGUGUGUACAUUUAUGUUCUGUUGGUACUAAUCCUGCAUUAGUAAACAUAACAACAAAUAUAAUAACCUGCUUAAUAGCAUGUUUGGCCGCCUUUGGAAUACAGUACUUUGACAAUUCUACGUGAUAUGGUCUUGACACAUCAUUUACAUGCUUCUGGGUGUAUGUUGCACCAGUUGUAUUCCACACGUUCAGAUUACCUAAAUGGUAUGGUCAAGACAUCAGUGUUAGUUACCAUUCUACUCAGACCAUGCACAUGUGAUAUGGACAAUUAUCCUGCUGAAAGAUGCCUCCACUAUGUGAGAGCACACUAGGAAUGAAGGAAUGCAUGCAGUUGCAAUGAAUGUCACGUAGUCUGCAACUGUCAUGAUGCCUUCUGUUGCUAACAGGUGUCCCACAGGAGCCAAAGUGACUGCCCCCAGAGCAUAAUGGGCCCUCUAUUUGGUGCCAUUCGUUUAGAUGAUAGCAUAUCUGGAUGUGCAACUGACCUGGUGUAACAGGAAAUGUCACCCAUCCUGACAGUUAACAUUUGAAUUGACCUUCACUCCAGCCUCAAUGAUCCCUUGCACACUGCAGUUGCAAGUGAACAUUUUGGUGGAUCGGUAUGGAAACAUACAGUGACCGUAUGUUCCAGAGCCACACAUUCAACAAUGUACAUUGAACUGUGGGUUCCAAAACGUGUAUGGCUGCCCCAGCGUUGUUUUCUGUCAUUAGAUAUGCCACAUAUUGCCACAUCUCCAGCUUUACAGAGCAGGCAAGCUUCUGACCUCCAUACUUUGUGAAGAAGUAUAGAUGUAUUACAUCUUAUCAUAAUGUGAUGGACUUAUUACCUUUCAGCCACUUUCCUCAGAUGUUCACAACAGUAGCAUAGAUCCAUUGUACCAACUUCACCACUUUUGAGGUUCUAGUUCCGAACUGCAAUGCCACUUUAACUUGCCCUUUGCUAAAGUCAUUUACAUCAUUAAAUGUACACGUUUGCAGCUCAUCUUUCUGAUAGAACAAAAAGUGUAAAUCUCUAGUCUGCUUAUAUACGUGUAAUCUGCUUACUGCAUCAUGUGCAUACAACGUGGCAUUCAUUCUCCUCAUGAACAGUGUUCAUGACAUUUUUGCCCAUCAGUGCAUCUUCAUGCAAAUGGGUCAGAUGCGGAAAUGUGUGAUCUAAGAAAUUCAUCGUGCUUGGUUGCCAUUUACACUAGUGCACAAUAGCUAUAUUUUUUGUGAAAUAUUUUUGUUUCACAAAGCUCUGUACAUAAUUCAGAGAUAAUAUAGGUAAGUGUUAUCCAACAAAGCUCUUAAUUACUUGUUCAGCAUCUAAUA